GCCAUUAUAUAUCUGCUUUCUUCAAUACUUGUUUUUUCUUUUUAUUUCUAAUAAUAAAAUAUAAUAUAUAUUUUUUAUUUUUAAUAAUAAAUCAUUGUAAAAAAUAAUUUUUUUUUUUUUAAAAAAAAUCUGACCACUGGGCUUCCGGUGGCUCCGCCCCUGACUACACUUGAAUGUUGUGGUUACUCUUUGUUUGAAACAAACCAGCAUCAGCAGCUACAAUAGAACGAUUACAAGCCUUAAAUCAUUCUAAACACAGUUAGCUACAUGAAUUCUUCUCCAUCUCUGACCAUAUCUUAUUUGAAACAAAAUCAACCGUUAAUGAAGAAAACGAAGUAGUUAAUAAAUCUCAUGAAAGGAUGGCCUACCCUUGGAGGCUCGGGCUUACUCUCUCUGUCCAUUUCUGCCUCCCAACAUGUGAGAUCAACUUCUCACAGCAGUAAUAAGAUGGGAUCUUGUUUUUCCGAAGAGUUCUAAUUUAUUUGCCUUUUAAGAAGAAGAUGUCAGACUCCUUGCAUUUUUCUUAGCACCCAUCACUGUUGACUAAUCAAAGGCUUGAUCAACUUUUCAAUGUCAUCUUGUUCCUUUCACAUGAGCUCACAUGCCUUCUCAUAAGCGUGCGUCUUAAAGAAUGCUUACUAACUUUUUAAACCUGUGGGCUGGAUGUCUAAUCACCACAGAUUAUUCCUUCCAUAAUUAAUCUUUUCCUAUCUUCUUGAUGUGCUUUUGUUAUACAUUCGGCCAUUUUAGUUUUUUCAUAUUUACAGCUGCUUGCUUUGGUUUGUUUAGGAUCAGCCCACUGGGGACCUGAGGGUGUGUGAGAUGCACUACAUAAAAGAAAGAAGGAAGAAAAAUGUUAAAAAACAAAUAAAGAAGGAAAAGAAUUGAAAACUCUUAAUACGUAUGAUCUGCAAAUUAGGAAAUACAUAUAUAUACUAAUGUAACCGAUGUUUAGGCACUACAUGGGGAAGACAACGACAACCAUCAAUCACAAACCUUAAUUUGAUCUAAGUGUGAUGACUACAUGAAUUUUAGGUCUCUAAACAUCUUAUCCACAACCAUCUCCUCUCUAAUUUCUUGUAUUUUAUGUCAUAUUUAAGGGUUUUGCAUUGAGUUUUCUUUUAUCUUUCUCUCCCUCUUUUAUUACAAAUUUCCUCCUUUUCAUCAACUCAUUUUAUAGGUAUGUCUAUUAGAACUUCUAUUUACGUUUAUACUUGAUUUGUUUGAAAUCGUGUUUUUUGGUUAAAUUAUUUUCAAACGGACUACUUGUGCCCUUGUGUAAAAGGAUGUAUAGACUUCAAUAUGUCCAAUGAAUUGAGUAUUGAGUUUUUGUGGAUAUUUGUGUAGUUUUUGGUUUAUGUUUUGUGUGUAUUAUCAUUUAUCUUUAGUUUACAAAUGUUUUUUCUGAAACAUUUUCAUUUUUGAGCUUACCAAACAGUCCAUGGAAAAGAUAUUUUGAACCUUGAUCAUGAACAUCCUGCUGAAGUUCAUGCAUUUGCACACAAAUUGCAGAAUUAUAUUACCACUUGCAUUCAAGCUGCUAGUUGCAUCACUGAUACUAGAAUAAAGAAACACAAGUGACUUGGUUUAUUUAAAUCUAAACUUAGAGAAUUGUUAAAUAAUCUUCCAGUUUAGCUUGACCAAGGAAGAUUCCUUUGGAGGGAUAAAAAAUAGCUCCCCGUUCAGUUUCCUAUGGCCUCCAAAAGCACAAGAGAAAAGAUGAACGCACACCAAAAAGCCAAUAAAUAAAUGAGUUCAGAAUAGGAAUAUUCCGAAUUAUAUAUAUAUAUAUAUAUAAGAUGAACAGAAUGAGCAAAACAAAACAAAACAAAGCACAGAAACCACUAGCUGUCAUUCAUUCCAGGCCUCAAUACAACUGCCAAUAAAAUAUAUCAGACAGGUCUGCAGUAAUUUAAGUAAAUGUUUAGUACACACAUAUAGAUAUGUAUACAUUUAUUUGCAGUUUCUUGGACUGGUGGUGGAGGCAGAUUAAGUAUCAUCUAUCUGUGAACUAUGGACAAAAAGUCCCAACAACGAAAUAAUUUAGAGGGAGAGAGAGAGAGAGAGAUUCUUGAAGUUCCUAAUUCGUAACAGAUCCACAUAUGCUAUAGAAAGACAGUAAAAUAACAAGCACAAAACCCUAGCAUUAAAAGAAUUAGUGGUUCUUUCACAAUAAUGGUUUGCUAGUAAUUAAUCUGCACGGUCAUGUGUAAACAAGAGAGAGAGGCUGGAGAGAAGGGAACAACUUAUGUGUAAGCACCAUCUGUAGGACUCAAAGUCUAUGAAACUCACAAACAUGAUAUACAAAGGGGAAAAAAUACUGUAAAUUGGAAAGUACAAUUUCUCUUCUUAAUUGAGGGACUAAGAAAUAAAGGAUAAUUUCCUCACCAUUUUGUUGCGAAGUAUAGUUUUUCUUUUGGUGCUAAGGCAGUCUUGGGGGUAUCUGGAUAAAUGUCGAAACAGAAAAAUUUGUUUCAUACUCAAUUUCUGGUGCAUUUGCCUGUUAAAAUACUUUUAAGUUUAACUGGUUGCAUCAAUUAUGAUAUCUCAAACAUCCCAUUAACUCUAUUAAUUUGACCCAUGGAUAAAAUGGAUUGUCCCACCUGGAGUUUAAGCCAUUAAUUCAAAUUGAAUGGAUGUAUUUGUUAACUUACCAUAAACAGGUAACUCGCCAAUUUUCCGAGGUGAUUUUCGAUUUCUAGCACACAAGUUUCUCUUUUGUAUUUUUCAUGAUGCAUUUAUAUAUUUGUAUUUCAGAAGAUCAUGACUAGAAGUUUCAGUUCCCAGAGUCAAAACUGUAGAACUCAUCACUCGAUCAAUCAUUUAAAGGUUGCAAGAUCUAAGCUGGAAUUAAUUUGUCCAAUUCCAGAUAAUCUCUCAUAAGGUCGUGAAACCUUGGGAACUACAAACAUUUUAAAGGCCUCAAGGACCAUAAGCAUUCUCCAAUUGUUAAGUGGGAGAGUUCCCUGUAUAGGUUCAUCAUUCCCCCCCUCUUCCACAGAGAGAGAGAGAGAGAGAGAGAGAGAGAGAGAGAGAUGAGCAGCAACAACAACAAAACCUCAUCCCCAGAACCAUUUCUCAUGAAUAGUGGAAAUGGCACAUACAGCUACUCCAGGAACUCCAGGUUUCAGAGAGAGGCUUUAGUAAUCAUUAAGAUGAUGAUCGACGAGGCAAUAGCCGAGAAGCUUGAUAUUCAAAGCCUGUCAUCCAUCUCAAAGUCUCUCCGCAUUGCUGAUUUGGGAUGUUCAGUUGGACCCAACACAUUCCUCGCCAUGCAAACCCUAAUAGAAGCUAUUGAAAACAAGUAUGAAGCAGAAUGCCUCAAGCAUGGAUAUAGAUUACCCGAAUUCCAAGUAUUCUUCAAUGACCAUGCUGCCAAUGACUUCAACACCCUCUUCAGUUCCCUCCCUCCAGGAAAAUCCUACUUUGUUGCUGGUGUGCCUGGUUCAUUCCAUGGCCGGCUUUUCCCCGAGUCCUUCCUCCACAUUGUUUACUCGUCCUUUGCACUUCAGUGGCUAUCCCAGGUGCCCGAAAAGGUCCUUGACAAGGACUCUCCUGCGUGGAAUAAGGGGAGAAUUUUUUAUACAAGUGCUUCGGAUGAAGUAGCUAAUGCUUAUGCAGCACAGUUUGCCGAGGACAUGGACAACUUCUUGAAGUUUAGAGCUGUCGAGAUGGCGAGUGGAGGGAUGAUAUUUCUCAUGGUUCCAGGGGUUGCUGAUGAUUGCCAUCCUUCUCAAUCAGGUGGUGGUUGGCUCUAUGAUGCUUUGGGAUCCAGCCUCAUGGAUUUGGCAAAUAAGGGAUUGAUCAGUGAAGCUCAGGUGGACUCCUUCAACUUGCCUGUUUACUUUGCCUCUCUGAAGGAGAUUAUUAGCUCAGUGGAAAGAAAUGGCUGCUUCAGCAUUGUAAGGGCAAAGUUAACAGAUGCUAUACUGGGCAAUUAUGAUGACCCUGUGAAUAUCCAAGCUUAUGCACUGCACAUAAGAGCUGUUGUGGAAGGAAGCAUUGUUAAACACUUUGGAAGUGAGAUAAUAGAUGACCUGUUUGACAGAUUUUUUCAGAAAUUGACCCAGGUCGCCAAUCUCGAUCCUCUAAGCUACAAGGGUGGCCAGAUUUUUGUUGCUUUGAAGCGCAAAUGAUGUAGCAUUUGAGAUCAGAUUUUUGUUGCUUGUGUUUUAAUCAACUUUGUAUUUUUAGCAUGAUCAGCAAGAACAUUGAGCUAUUUCCCACUUACACAAGGGCCUUGGGCUCUUACUGUUCUUAUAUCUUAACAGUAGUCCAAAAUGAUGAAAUGUGUAGUCAUAGUGAGAAAUGGAUAUUCUUAAAGGAUCAAUUGUUGAUAGGGAGAACUAAGAAAUU